ACCACGUGAGCUGAGCUAGCAUUUUCCUUGAUGUGUCAUUUCAUCUCUCCUCCCAUUUGCUGUGAGUGCGGGUGCAUUGCGACUGUUCAGUGUCAGUGUGUGUGCCUGGGAGCUCCUUUUUCAGGGUGCUGUGCAGUAGCCUUCAUCUGCAAGUCAUUCGCUACUUAUGCUGUUUUCACAUGAAUGAUGACUAAGAAGCUGUAUUAAAAAGACAACAGCUGUAUAUUAUGCAUCAGACUGACACAUGUACUCUCCAGCAAGAAGCAAAUGCAGCCAGCAAUGAAAGCUGUUGUGUGGUGUCUGAUCUGACCUCUUUGCAGUAUUUCAGGUGGGAUUUUUUUUCAAGUAGCAAUGAAUACACUCAGACAUUGCUUCUUCGCUGUUCUGAUUCUCAGUGUUUCACUUCCAUUUGUUUUCUAUACUGUUAAUUUGCAUGCACAAAAAUCUCUUAGGAUACUUAAUCUCUCAGUAAGUUCAGCUUUAGCAGAAGCCUGUAAAGCACUUAAUGAAGAUAAGGCAUUCUUUCUGAAGGAAAACACUUUGAAAACAUCAUUCAGAAAAUCCAAUUGCACAGAGUACAUCAUGCAGAAUCACUACAUCACCCGCGCCCUCUCGGUGGAGGAGGUCUCCUUCCCCCUCGCCUACAUCAUGACCCUGCACAAGGAGUUCGAGACCUUUGAGCGGCUCUUCAGGGCGGUGUACAUGCCCCAAAACAUCUACUGCGUCCACGUGGACCAGAAGGCGCCGGCCGCCUUUAAGCAAGCAGUGCAGCGCCUGGUGGACUGCUUCCCCAACGCGUUCCUCGCCUCCAAGAGGGAGCGGGUGGUCUACGGUGGCAUAUCCCGCCUGCGGGCCGACCUCAACUGCAUGAGAGACCUGCUGGCCUCCACCGUGCCCUGGCAGUACCUGCUCAACACCUGCGGGCAGGACUUCCCCUUGAAGACCAACUGGGAAAUCGUCCAGUUCCUCAAGGGCUUCAGAGGCAAAAACAUCACCCCCGGGGUGCUGCCGCCAGCCCACGUCACUGCGCGCACCAAGUACGUGCACAGGGAACAACUAUAUCCUUUCUUUUCUUUCAUGCUGUGGACGUUUAUACAUAAAGCGCCCCCGCCUCACAACCUCACCAUCUACUUCGGCUCUGCAUACAUCGCGGUCACCCGGCCCUUUGUGGAGUUUGUGCUCCAUGACCAGCGUGCCAUUGAUUUACUGGCCUGGUCUGAGGACACCUACAGCCCUGACGAGCACUUCUGGGUGACCCUCAAUAGGAUCCCAGGUGUCCCUGGCUCCAUGCCCAAUGCAUUGUGGGAAGGUGACCUGAAAGCUGUGAAGUGGAUUGAUAUGGAAGAGAAACAUGGAGGUUGUCAUGGCCAUUAUGUCAGAGACAUUUGUGUAUAUGGAACAGGUGACCUCAAGUGGCUUUUUAACUCCUCCUGUUUGUUUGCGAAUAAGUUUGAGCUCAGAACAUACCCACUUACCGUGGAGUGUCUGGAACUGAGACAUCGAAAGAGAACCUUGUCCCAGAGUGAGAUUCAGGUGGAACCAAACUGGUAUUUUUAGUUAAGAAAAAGGCAGGCUACAGGUUACAAUGUAAAUAAAAGUGGUCAGGAGAAUAGCAGCAGAAAUCUAAUUUCUGCUGUGCUGGAAACAUAAACUCACCAGACAGGUUUCUUUAGGAUGUCCUGUACCUGUAGUUUGAGUCAAUUUGUCUUAAACCACCUUCAAAUCUAGCCUUCCAUUUAACACCAGGAGACGAAAACGUGAAAAAUGCAAAAAGAGAGACUAGGGUAAAGCUUCUUCAGGAGCUGCUCUGUUUGCAUUUUUGCCAUUUUUAACAGAGUGUUUUCCAGCCCCAACUGUUGUCUUGCUACAGAGUCUUUGUUAUCUUUUUCUAUAUAAACAUAUAUAGAAUCAUGCGUCCCUGGAAUUCCUUGUACCUAUAAGACAAGUACUGCACAUUGAUGAGCAAAAAGAUGACAAGUCACAACCAGUAAGAUCUUAAAAGCAGGAAUACAAUGUGUGGCUAUACAUAUAUAGAUGCUGUUUUGUCAAAGAUACUGAUAUUUGAUGCAGAGAACCUGCAGGAAAGUACUGGAAAUGGAAGAAAGACACUGCACUUCCAGAUCCUGGCUCUUCUUUAAAUAUCUGUCAGGACAAGGUUUAUAAAUCAAAACAGCAUCUUUUAUUACACUAAUGGGUAUGGUUAGGAAAUCAGAUAGGCUUUCAGGUCUUCCAUGUCUGAAAAACAAGGGUUUGUGUAUUUGGCUUACUUGGCCAGCUAGAAGAGCUGGAAAAACUACAAAAAAAAAGUCUCUUCAUGCAGACUUUGGUCCACCUGUGUCCUUAGAUCACCAUAUCUGAGGACAGAGAGGGAGAGAGAGGGAGCAGGGAAGGGAGUAGCAAGAUAAGUAUUUUCAGGCCUGAAAGAGCAGUAACUGAGCUUUGAAAUUAACUCAGUAAUUCUGUCUCCUAUUUUGAUACAGCAUUAGUAUUCUUCCCAAAUUUAUUUCCUUUGAUCUUAAUAUAAUGAUUAGUACACAUACUUAACCUUGGGGUUCACUUCAUCGCAGCCCUAUUUUUAUCUUCCAAUAAUAGCCACUAGAGGGAGGGCAUCAGAUAUCUGAGCAGAUUUUCCUUUCCAAAUCCAUAUAACCCUCUAAAGCAUACAAAAAAUAUAUAUAACCCUGCAAUGCAUACAAAGUCUCAGCAUAUUAGGCAUGCCAUAGAGCAAAUUAGGUGCCCGUGAAUAUUUUAGUGUGGCAAACAGAAGGCAAAAGUUACAGAUAUGUCAUUGUCUUUUGAAAAACAAAGCAGGGAAGCAAAACUAUGAAUGCUUCUUCCUGUAGUUCUGAUAGGUUGUAUUUAUGAGGCAUUUUAGCAGCACUGUUGAAUGACCUGGUCAGCAGCACUGAGGCAGUAUAAAUUGAGAUGCCUGAAUCUAGGGGUAGUAUCUGCUGUUAUCCUGCCUCUCUCCAGAACAAGUGAAGAUGACUCAAUGAGUCGCUCCUGAAAAACAGCAAUUUACCACCAGCUUUAUUAAGCCGUUGCUAAUUUCAGCUGCUUCUGACAAACUGGAUUGCAAACUGCAACAGUUCAGAAAUGACAAUGCAUCAUAUUCAGCUGUCCCAAAGCAUAGUUGGUAACCUCCAGGGAAGGGGUUGAAUGGACAAGAUCUGCUACGGUCAAUUUAUUCUGCAUUUAUCACUGUCAACAUCUGAUAAUGUAGGUUCUAGCACAAAAGGAUUGAGAAUUUAUCUCCAGAGCAGAACUGUAGUGGAAAUCCUGUUCAGUCUUUUGUGGAGGGGGAGAAAAAGAGGAGGGUUUUAGUAGCUUGCUGCCAUGGUGGCAGCUGAAGGGAAAAGUAUGCCAGAGAGAGUCAUUUGUUUAAAGAGAGAGUUUUAGGGUGUCCAAUUUAAGACAGAGCUGAAACCAGGCCCCCGUUGUUCUGUCAAGCUGAAUAUCCCCCAAACUGAAAUAUUCCAAAUACAUAAAAGGUGUUCUCACAGUUUCAUGUGAAUAUUUAAAGUAGCACAGUGUAUGGACAAGAUAAGAUCACAUUUCAUUGUUCAGACUCUAAAAAACACAGGAUAGAAAUAAAUGGCAAAAUAUCUCCGAAUAGCAGAGCAAUAAGCUUGGCAAUCUGAAGCCACAGAAAUAAAGGAGUAUUUUACCCUAAGCCUGUAUGAAUUAAGCAAGUGGUUUAAGUAAGAUCCCAGAAAAACAUGAAAGCUGAACAGUUUAUUGAGAGACCUACAUUUCUGUCCAGCCAUGACUUAGGUUUUUUGAUGAAUGCUACUCCAUGUUAUGUUUUUCUGGAAAUAAAUUAUUUUAUUUUCA